UGAUCGGCUCAUUCUCACAUGCUAUCUUGGGAAAACCUGACCUGUACCCAGAGAUUAUUUGAAAAGAGGCUGUUCUUCAUCUAAACUUCGAAGAUGCAAAGAAAGACCUCUAGACAGUCAAAAGGGAAGGCUCCUCAGGAAAGCACCAUCUGGAAAUGGGGCGAACCAGGAGAUACGUAUGAGGACAGAAUUCAAUACAAGUCCAUCUGCCGUGGUGGUGAAGUGGUCACCAUUGGAGACGCAGUUCUAACUCACAGUGAUACCUCAUUGAGUGAUUACUACAUUGUCCGAGUGCUUGGUUUCCACAACACCGAUCAACAAGCCUCUGCUACCAUCGAGUAUGUAUACUGGCCAGACGAAUUGGAGAAAUAUCUCAAACGGGUAAAGAAGGCAGCAAACAUUCCAUCGUUUGUAGCUAACGAAGUUUUCCUGUCCAAUAAACGAGAUACAAUCGAGCUUCAAGAGAUUGCUGAGUUGACACAAAUCCAUAUACUGGGGGAGAAGGAUGAUUGCAGUGAUGUGCCUCCUUAUCAUUUACUGGCUCGGAAAAGAAUUAAUCUAAACAAGAAAAUAUUUGAGUCCCUCGUAGUUGAUUCCAUUAACACUCCUGCAUCCCUCAGGGGCAGGGGUAGGCCGGUCUCCAUUCUGCCUGACCGGCAACCAUGGCCUCGAGGCAUGUUCCCACCACCAUCUCCUCUCCAUCACACACCAAUCAACUCUCAAACUAAGAUGGCUGAAGCAGACUCUCUCUGUGAAGUCGUGUCAACGUUCAGUCCUCGAAGCUCUAAACGUACCCACACAAGCAGCACCCCCAAACAGCAACCCCUCAAGCAAAGCCCCCCCAAACACAGCCCCCUCAAACAAAGUCAGAACAGUAGUCAAUACUCAUCUCUACUCGAACUCGUUGCUCAACACAAGAUCACAACUUCAAUGAGCUCCUCACGUAAACCCACUAAAACUUCAGCGAAUAAUCAUACCCCGGAACUUGAUUCCAGUACAAGGUCAACGAGUUCUCGUCAGCUGCGUCUAGACUGCUCCGAUGUUAUUGACCAGGUGGUGAUAAGUGAUUCAGAGGAAGAGGAUGUUAUCCAAGUAGUGAUCAGUGAUUCAGAGGAGGAGGGCUGUGAUGUCAUCACUGAGGCCACACCCACUCUGCAUGAGGAAUAUGUAUUCACUGAAAACAUGAAAACCAAAAGGCAACUGGUCCCUGAUGUCCCAGACACCCCCUCCACUGCUCAAGAUGACACGCCCACUCAACCUCCUACACCCACCAUCUCCAGCAGAACCAGAACACGCUCCACCAAGCCACACUCCUCACAGCCACACACCCCUCAGUCUAACCCACGCUCCACCAAGCCACACCACUCACAGCCACACACCCCUCAGUCUAACCCACGCUCCACCAAGCCACACCCCUCACAGCCACACACCCCUCAGUCUAACCCACGCUCCACCAAGCCACACCACUCACAGCUACACACCCCUCAGUCUAACCCACGCUCCACCAAGCCACACCCCCCUCAGUCUAACCAUCGUAUGCUCCCUGAUGAUAAUAUACUACCCAAACCAAAAUCUCAACGCAAAUCUGCUCGAAAAGCAUCCAAAAUCUCCCUGCCAUCAAAGGCGGCAGUUGAUAGGCCCUUGAUACCAUACAAGAAGAAAGCUCUAACCACCAGAACUAAUGAUAUAGACUCUGAGAGCUCCCACUCUGAUAUGGAGGUUGAGAGUGACGAUGAGUUUAUGGCCCCCCAACCCUUAUCUCGGAAACGUCCCUCCUCCACUGCCACGCCCCCUUCUGUUAAGAGGCCUAAGACCACUCCACGACCUCGUACUCCAGUCACACCCUGCUUACCAGAGCGGAGGAGGGUGGGGUCUAAGUCCAAGAACCAUUUUGAGAUUGCCAAAGAGAGACUACAUGUGUCAGCUGUGCCUGACUCCCUGCCAUGUCGUGAGGACGAGUUUGCCACCAUCUUGUCCUUUGUUGAGGGGAAGCUCAGAGACGGAACUGGAGGAUGCAUGUACAUAUCUGGAGUCCCUGGCACUGGCAAGACUGCCACUAUCAAUGAGAUUGCCACCUACCUAAGAGGGGCAGCCAAGGAGGGGGAGAUACCACCAUUCAACUUUGUAGAGGUGAAUGGACUCAGACUCACUGACCCACACCAAGCUUAUGUCUCCAUCCUCAAGCAACUCACUGGCCAGAAAGCGACUGCAGACCAUGCUGCUAACCUCCUAGACAACUACUUCUCUUGUCCACCUAAGGCGUCCACCACGCUACUACUAGCUGACGAGUUGGACCUGUUGUGGACCCGCAAGCAGACGGUCCUGUACAAUCUGUUUGACUGGCCCAGUCGUCGGGCCGCUCGCCUCAUUGUGUUGGCCGUGGCCAAUACUAUGGACCUGCCAGAGAGGAUUAUGAAAAACAAAGUUGCCAGUAGGCUGGGCCUCACAAGACUCACCUUCCAGCCGUACACUUUUCGUCAGUUGCAAGAGAUAGUGACCUCGCGCAUGAGUGGACUCAAGGUGUUCCAGCCAGAUGCCAUACAGCUAGCGGCCAGGAAGGUGGCUGCAGUAUCUGGUGAUGCUAGGAGGGCUCUGGAUAUAUGCCGGAGGGCCACCUGUCAGCCUAGGAAGGGGAAGAGUCUCGUGGGGAUGGCACAGGUGGAGACCGCCGUCAAGGAAAUGUAUUCAGCUGCUAAGAUACAGGCCAUCAAGAAUGCUUCUUUCCACGAGAGAAUGUUUUUGCGUGCUCUAGUUGCUGAGUUGCUGCGGACUGGGCUGGAGGAGGCUCUGGUCAAGCAUGUCACCAGACAGCUGCAAGCUCUGUACAGGACAGAAGACAUGAGGCCACUAGGCCACACCCAGCUCUCCCUGGUAUGCUCCAACCUGUGUGCAUGUCGACUGUUGCUAGUGGAGAAUAAGAAAUGUGGGCGGAGGAUUCGAUUGAAUAUCAGUUCAGAUGAUGUCAUAUUUGCACUAAGAGACUGACUUUCACUUUUUAGUUCAUUUCAUCUGUUUCAUGAUGGUCCCACCGCAAGCACUAAGAAUUAUAAUUAUUAUUGAAAAAUUGA